AUGAUAGCUCUUGCUGUUGCGGGUUUUCAAAAAAUAAUCAAAGAUGACCGGUUUCAUUCGUAUGUUGAACCUGAAGACGAUACCAAAUGGUUACUUCAGCAGUUAUUAUGUUCAACUAGGUGCUUUUUUUCUUUACCCUAUGAUACACAAGUGGAUAUUCUUAAGGUAUUUUUAAAUGUAGCAAGCUCACACAAGUGGUCUUUGAAUGGAAGGACUAUUAUUGCAGUUAUUGGUUUAUUCAGUGAUGCUUUUGAUUCUAAAAAUGUUGCAAUUAAAACAGUAGCUCAAGCAGCUGCUUGCCAAUACAUAUGUACAUACUGUUAUUCUGUUAAAAAAAAAUAUGAAGAAGAUAAAAAUGUUCUUUAUUUUAACGAGUUACUUCCAAUCAUGCAAUUUAUUUGUUGUAAAAUAAAAGAAAUCGACUGUCAAAAUCAAUGUGACAAAAAGACUUUGUUUUAUCUUGAAAAUCUUCUUACCCUUUGUCGUAAUCUUCCACCGGCUAUUUCUUUGAAUAACUUCAUUAAAAUUUUUUUUUGGCAAAAACUUGCUCCAGCAUUAAUUUCACUUUUUGGAACUCCUGAGGUAGAUAAGAGUUUAAACAGCAAAAACAUAAAUACUGAUGAACAAACUGUUAAAAAUUCCACCAGUUUUAUUAGCAAUUAUGCCAAAAUUGUAUUUAGUAUUUACAUUGAGUUGAUUCGUUUAUUUGCAAGUGUAGCUUCUCUUAGACCAGUAUUAGAAUCAUUACUUUAUAGGAUUUUAAAAUAUUCAACUCCUGAGUAUCGCUUGGAUGCUUUAAAAGGAGUUGGACAACUUAUCCAAAAACCAGAUAGACUCCUUGAUAUCAGUGGCCCAUUAUAUGAUGAUGAAAAUAAUCAACCUUUUUCUGAUUUAUCACUUCUUUUAUUAAUAAUGAAUUCAAUUGAAGACAGUUGUAAAUCAAAUUUUAAUUUAAUACAAGCUUGUAUACUUUGUUGUUAUAAUUUUCUAAAAGCAGUUGAGGAAUUUUCUAUAGGAAAAUGUAUUCCCGAGAAAAUUGCAGUAAAAAUUUGUGAAAUGUAUCCGAAAUUAGAAGACUUGGACUUUAGUGAUUUAUCAAACUUUAAAAAUUUAAAUAAAGAAUAUUUGGAAAAUUAUUUAGAAGUUGACGAUCCAUUUAAUUUUGUUAAAACUUUUGAAAACACGUCUAAAUCCGUUAAUUUUAAAUUUAAAAUAUUCGAUAGGAGAAAUUCAUUUGACAAAAUCAAAAAAAAUAAAAAAAAAGAUUUACAAAUAAGUUUGCACGGGAAUAAGAAUUCAUGCGUUCUUCAAAAUAUUCAGUUAAACGUCCCUCAUUUCAGUUAUGAUAUAAAAGAAAGAAAAAGUGCCAGCCAUUUUAUAUCAGCUCUUGAUGUUCUUCUACCACAAUUGGUUCACAUAAAAAGCAGUACUCAAAUUGAUCAAGUUUUACAAAGUUUUGCUUCUCGUUAUUGUGAAGAUAUUAUAAACGAACAUGGAGAAAGUACAAUUCAUAUAAUAAGUGCUGAUGGAUUUUACUUGGUCACGUAUUUGACGCUGAUUAUCAAUUUGGAAAUGUUUCAUUCUUAUUGUUAUUCAUUUUCGGAAUUAAAAAAUACCAUCAGUGAAGAUUAUUUUUUAAAGAAAGCGGAAAGUAUCGGUGUGACCGCUUAUUUUACAAAUGUUUGGUUAAGGGAAUUAUUUCAACUAAUAUCAAUUUCUUGUUUCUUACAAACUCAUGGUUUUCUUUCUACUAACUUUAAUUCACAACCGCACGCUCUUAUUAAUUUAUUGACAGAUAUUGAAGGUGUAGAUUUUUGUCAUAAUGGAAGUCAAAUGUUAUGGGCAUGCAGACGUUUAGAAAAUUCCCUUACUUUAAACGACGAUAAUUUCGAAAGGAAAGCAGGGCUACGAUUAAGCAGAGGGAUUUUGAUGUGCUGUUUAGACUCGGUUCUUAAAAUUUUAGCCGUGCCCCUAAAUCAAAGCAUACGUAAAAAGGAAAAUUUUAAAAAUUUAAGGUUUUUAAAAAAGGUUUCUCAUUACAAAGAAAAUAAAGAAUUAAUCACGUACAGUAUUGACGGAUUACAAAUAUUGGUGCGAUUGUGUAACGAUUUAGGUAUGCAAGACAAAUCGGAAACCAUCGUGGAACUGUUGACAUCGGUCGCCUGUUCCGAUCAUUAUGACGUGAAAUUGCGCUUAAUGCGGUUUGACAUAACUAACGACAGCGUCGUUUAUCUCACAUCAUCUCACGCUCUCACGUUAGACCUACUAUUGAGCUUCGGUUUGGAAUUAGGUUCGCACUGUUCUAAUUCGUGGCCUCACAUUUUUCGCUGUUGCACUUACGUCAAAAAAUUAGAACAUAAAUAUUUCAGUCAAUUGAAAAAUAGAGACUCGGAACUGAGGACAAAAAUUAUUAAAAAAGAUGAUAAUUGGAGUGUUGUUGUAAAUGAUUUAAAUUUUGAUUUCAAAUGCGAAGAGGAAACAAACGUGGAUGUUUAUAAAUUUUUACUUUCUCAAGGUGCGCAACAAAGUAUAACGGAAAUACUAAGUGAAAAUAAUAAUUUGAAUGAUUUUUUAAAUGGCUCAGAAACGACAAAAGUAAUUUCGAUUCUCUCACAACGAGUUGACAAACUUUUUGAAAAUGCAGCUUCCAAACUUAAUUUAAAGUCAUUGGAAAGUUUUUCAUUAGCUCUUUGUUGUUUAAGUCAAGCACAACUUUUUUUCGAAUCUUCAAAGUCUGAUAAUUCUUUUAAACAAUAUUGGUGGCACAGAUUUACAACUAACAAAAACAUUUUCGAUGAAAGUGAUACGAUUAACGAUUCUCUACUUUUGGAUUCUGUGGGUGAAAUCAUGAUAAAGUGCAUAAAGAGCGGUCGUCCAAUAUUUCACGUAAUGAGGAUUUGGGGUAUAAUCGGUCCACAUCUCAUGGAAGCCUCUUGCCACAAAGAUAUAACAAUAUCCCGAAAGGCUGUUAAACUCAUUCACGAUGUUAUAAACAUUUCUUUAACUGAACACACCGAACUUCCACAUUUCUACGUAAAUGAAAGUUUAUUCAAACCUUUUGAAAGCUUAUUAGGAUUGGAAUUAUGUGAACCAGAUAUUCAAGAUCAAAUAGUUAGUUGCAUAUGUGAAUUCGUCGAGGCAAAUUUCAGUGAAAUUCGUUCGGGAUGGCGACCGUUAUUUGGCGCAUUACGCGCAAUUACUUUAAAUUCUAAUAUUCUAUUAUACGUGUUUAAAGUUUUUUUGGAAACGGGCAACGUUUUAGUUUUUUCUUAUGCUGCUGUUGAUUACGUCAUGUGCCUUUUAAAACAUCUUCGAGUACAAACGUGCUGUAAUGAUAAUUCAGAAAUUGCUUUUGAAAUAAUUAAAUACCUUAAAAGUUAUCAAGAAAUUUUAUCUUCCCUUUACCUUAUACCUGGUAAUACCGCAGUUUUUCAAUUUGCUCAUUACAUACAAGUUUCAGAUGGAUUAUUAGUGGAUCCGUAUAUUCCAGAUAUAGAAGAUUAUGGAUACAUUCUCGAAAAAUUGAUGAUCGGUGACGAAAACAUUUUAUUUAUAAGACCAGAUUCGCCUAAAUGUGACACGUCUUUAAACGCUAUUGAUCACUCAAGUGGAAUACUUAAAGUUUGGUUUUUAUUAUUGGAAGGAACGUAUUCUGCAGCAAUAUCAGCAACUUCAUCCAUUCAAUCAUUUUUAUUAAAUAUGUUUUACGCAGAUUUACUCAAAUUGAUUGAAAAUCCAGGUUCUAUUUUUGGUUUAAUCGUUCUCAAUCGAAUAGUACUUCCAAUGACGCAAUCCUGGCUGAGGCAAACUUCGAAAAUUGAAAAAUCUGAGAUUUCCGGUUUGAAACAAUCCAUAGGUUUACUCACGGAUUUAUUUCUUCAGUAUUUUAAUCGCCUCAAAAAUGAGAAAAUUUGCGAGGACUUGUUAAAUUUGUUAGUAAAUCAAGUUUUAUUAUUGCUUUCGGAAUGUAGUUUUCAUUACAUUUCCACAAUUGCAACUUUUGGUCCUGCUUGUAUAAGGCAUAUUGUGAUAAAUGUCGGAGAAAAUUUCAAUUGUCAUCAAUGGAAUUGUGUUAUAAUAUCUCUACAAAGAAUUUGUAAAAUAUCUUUAGGAAUCCUGCUGAAACUUAUUAUGGCAUUUUCGGAAAAUUCGGAAUAUGAAAAUGAUUGUCAGGUUAAAAUUGUAGUGAACGAUACGGAUAAUCCGGAUGUACAAAAUUUGAUUCAACUUUCUCAGAGAGUUUUUAGCAAGAAUAAUAAUAAUAAUAAUAAUAAAAAAGUAGAUUUCGUUUUUCUAUCUGAUUUAAAUGAUGAUGAUGAUGAUGAUGAUGAUGAUGAUGAUAAAAAGGAACAAAUUUUUGUUAUUCGAAAUGAGGAAGAAGAUAAAAUGAUUUCUUUUAAUUUAUUUGUCAAUUCGAUGCAGUCUCAUCAUUCGAUAUUGGAAAUAAUUGCUCUUAUUUUACUUGAAAAAAUUGGACCCGGAAAAAUAAAGGCAGAAAAUAUUUUAAUUAACAGCAUGUUUAAUACGAUAAACAAAGUAAAUGACCAAGAUAAAAGUAAAACGCAUGGAAGUUUGUCUUGUUUGUCUUGUAACGACAUUUUAACUCUUUUGUCUUGCUUGGAUUUUUCAUAUUAUUUGUCUUUAGCUUUUGAUUCUUCCUCCGAGUUAAAAUUUGCAAUUAAAAAAGUGACAAAAUUAGAACAAGAUGUCACUUUACAUCGACAGGGUGUAGCUGCCGCGACGAUAAAAUUAACUUUUUUACUAGAACAUUGUAUUGCUCUUAUCGAAAAGCAUGGCGUGAAAGGAGAUGAUUUAAUAAAAUUAAUAAAUAAUAAUUCGAAAAAUGAUGAUGAUGAUGAUACAUUUUCCGACCAUCUUAUUUUUUAUUGUAAAAAAUUACAAAAAAGUAUAAGCGUUUUAUGUAAAACGUGCGUCGAAUUUGCACUCAACAAGAAAAGUGUCAACACUUGCAUGUUGAAUAAAGAAUUUUUAUUUAAAACUUACGCAUCAGGUUGUGUAAUGGAUGAAAGUAAUAAACUCGAUCGUGACAAUGACCGGAAACGUUUUCCCGAGGAAAAUCAUGUCGUUUCCGGUUCUUUUCCUUCGAAUGAUUUCACAGAGGAUGAAAAUUGUAUUGAAAUUAAUAAAAAUGAAAAGGAAACACAGACGGAAUUGAAAACUAAUGAUGGUGGAUUCGAUAAAUAUGAUGAGGAAAAAAGUUUUGAAAAUUUUCAAAAAGAAAAUGAUUUUUCUUCUGCUCCAGAGAUUAAAAAUCACGACGACGGAUUCGACGACGGAUUUAUAACGGAAAAUGAAGGACAUCAUCAUAGUCAUCAAAUGUGUAUGGAAAUCUUAUACGACUUUUUAGAAAGUUUGCUAUGCUUAAACGAUUUGGAUUUUCAAAUGAUAUUUCCACUCGUAUAUAACGAAACGGAAAAUUUUUAUACGAUUUAUUUUUUUCAACCUUCAUUGCAAUCAGUCAUAUCAAAAAUACUACAAAGAAUCAACGUAAUGAAUGAUUCCAAUGACGUCAUUGAAAACUUUUAA